AUGAAGACCUUUAUCACCAUUGCAAUACUGGCUGUCUUUGCUGCCGCAACUCCAGUUGAGCUGGUAGCUAAGGAUGCAAUCCCCCAACAAUGUACGACCGAUUGUUGUAGUACAGAAGUGAAUAUUUGCGAUUAUGUUCACUGUGGCGGCGGUAUUUUCACUUGUUAA